CUCUCCAUCGCCGCCACCCCGCCGUCGCGUCGCGACGGUUGCGCGCCGACAUCCCCAUUCCUCGAUCAUCUCGCGCCUUCUGAAUUAAUACGAGACUGCCAUUAAAUCACGCGCAUUGAUUCUGUCGCUACCGUCGCCGCCAUGUUCUGGUCGGGGACACUACUCAGUGCCACCGGCCCCUUGGCCAAGGCGUGGCUCUCGGCCAACCAAGAGCGCAAGAUCACCAAGGUCCAGAUCCUGCAGCACAACCUUCAGGACAGUGUCGACGCCAUUAUUGCUCCAAAUGACGCCCCCCUCGCCCUCCGUCUGAGCGGCCAGCUGCUGCUUGGCGUCGCCCGCAUCUACAGCCGCAAAGCCCGCUACCUUCUCGAUGAUUGCAAUGAAGCCCUCAUCAAAAUCAAGAUGGCCUUCCGGUCCGCCGGCAACCAUGACAUUCCCGCCACGAUGCAUGCGACGACAAAGGAGUCGCUGAUGCUCCCCGAUACCAUCACGCCCUAUGAUAACCUAGACUUGCUGCCGCCGCCGAGCUCCGAGUUCCUUGCUUCGCAACUCGAUGAAGUGAACGCGACUCCACUAAGCGGCCGAAAGGCCGCUGUACGCCCGAGCAACCGAGACAUCAACCUCCAGGAAGACUUCAACAACAGUCAGUUCCUCCAGGAUAACAAUGGUGACGACGAAGAGAUGGCGCUCGCGAAUGUGGAUGACCUCGACUUGGAACUCGAUUUUGGCAUGGAUAUCGACGAUCGGCCGAGCAAGCUUAUGGACAAGAGCGUGGAAAUGGGCAGAGAUGCGCCUGCCGCGAGGCCUGUCGAGGAGGACAUGUUGAGUGAGAUGGAUGUCGCCGGCCCCAGCAAGGAUCGCCAAGCUCGCGAGCCCUCGUUGGGUCUCAAUCUUGACUUUGGCGAUGGCGUCCAUAUCGCCGAUGGCGAGGGUGAUAUCCAUAUGGGAGACGACGACCUGCAGUUCAAUGUUGGCGAUGAGUCGGCCAUGCCUGGAGCUGCCGGCCGCGACAUGAGCCGUGCGCGCAUUUCAGAGUCCCCGCUGUCCGAUAUUGACGAGGAAUUCGCCAAGGAAGUUGAGCUCGAGUAUAGUCGCCACAUGAACACCGACAUGUACGAGCCAGGCGACGAACCCACAGCGUCGACUAUCCGGGCGCCCCAGCGGCAGAAGAAGAAGAAGCUUCUCCAGCCGGACGACCAGACAGUGCUCACAAGCGCACAGAUCAAGGAGCAGCAGUCGAAGCGCGACAACAUUCUCAAGCCGCAGUCUUUUGUAGCCCACGAUCCGUAUAUCGUUGGUCUGAUGGAUUUGCACAGGAAUGGGGGCUUCGUUCACAACAUUCUCUUUGAGGGCCGCAGUGAUGCUUGGGCACCGGAGCUGAAGGGCCUGUUGUCUCUUAGCUCGAUUCGACCGAACGACCUGAAGAGGAAGAGAGAUAGCGGCGUCGCCGACAUGGACAGUGAGGAUGAGCAAGGUGCGUCCAAGUCGCCUCGCCUGGAGCUGCCUGAGGACGAGACCACGCUCGGUUUGGGCGGGGCCGCGGCAGGCAACCAGAGCAUAGCCGCAGACGGCACCGUGCUCGAGAUCCCUGCCGACGACACUGCCGUCUUCCACGGCGACGACGAGCAUGAACGACCAGGAUCAAGGGCUGGCGCACCUUCCAGCCCGCUGCCUGCUUUCGAUGACACCACCAUGCCGAUAGUUCACCCGGCCGAUAGCGGCCCGGUCUCUGUCGGUACCAAGCACGCCGUGCACAUCCUCCGGGACCUCUUCGGCCCCGAUGCGGCGACGAAUACCGAGAAGCGCAAGAAGUCGGCCGUUGUCUUUCAGGAACUGCUGCCCGAGCAGCAAACAACAAAAGCCGACGCGACCAAGAUGUUCUUUGAAUGCCUCGUUCUCGCCACCAAGGACGCCAUCAAGGUCGAGCAGCCCGAGGGUACCCUCGGUGGCCCCAUCCGCAUCCGCGGCAAACGUGGCCUGUGGGGUGACUGGGCUGAGCGUGGAGCAGGCGGCGAGAUCGCUCGUGAGCAGCAGCAGCAGCAGCAGCAGCAAAUCGAGCCGCAACCUGCUGUGCAGUCGUCUACGGCGGUGGCUGUUGGGGCCUAGGAGUCUUCUGUGUUGAGGGACUGAGUUGAGCACUUUUGUUUUGACUUGUUGGCUUCAGGCCGGCUCAUUGUACUGCAUAUUUCUUUGUUGUCUCGGGUUGGCGGCAUUCCGGGGUUGUGGAUCUUGGGUCUGUGUUUUCUGUUUUACUGUUUUCUCGGUCGUCAACACGACCGAGUGGCGUUUGGCGCACCGGAAGACGGGGAAAUACCAUUGUCGGAGGGCUCUCGUCUGGUUUGGCACAAAACUUCCAGCUGGUUCUCACUGGGCGAGGAAUGGGUCAUUUUCUAUCUGUGGAGGUUGGUUCUGCGGUAUUAGCGC